AUGCUUUGUUCAUAUCUCUUCGUGCUGGCCACGGCGUGGCAAACAGUUGUUGCAAAUUCGGAUUCUUGUUCGAGCAGCGCAACAAUCGCCGACCAAAGCGACGCGGAUGCAUUGGCUGGCUGCGAUACUAUCGAUGGCAGUAUCACUAUCUCGUCUGCAGGCAGCGGAAGCAUCAUCCUUUAUAAUAUCACGGAAGUCAAGGGAUCAUUUACGGCAGACGGGAUUUCAGAUCUCACCACCCUCGCCGCGCCAGAUCUAGAGACCAUAAAUGGAGGUUUAACGAUAGAAAAUCUGGACUCGCUCACCAAUUUAUCAAUGAAUUCUUUAACCACUGUUUCUUCCGAUAUUACGGUCACCGGCAACAAGGACUUGACAAAAUUGGAGUUUCUUGAUUUGAAGGAAGUCAAAGGACAGCUGACGCUGACUGGAUCUUUUCACUCAAUAUCAUUGCCCUCCCUCAAUCAAGUGAGCGGCCAGACGACGAUUCGAGGUAAAUCUAUGUCCUGCAAAGCAUUGAAUAGCUUGAAAUCCGAAGAUGUGUACCGUGGUGGAUAUUCCUGCUCUGGUGGUGGUUCCUCCCUUAGUGCAGGCGACAAAGCCGGGAUUGGGAUUGGUGUUAUCAUUGGAGUUAUUGUCGUCUUGGUCAUCGUGUGGCUUGUAUGGCGGCGACGAAGACGUCAACGACGGAACGCACAGACAUCUGCCUCUGUGCCACCGAUGGUAGAGAAACAGAUGCCGGUUCAACCUGAAUACCAAGCUGUUCCGUCUUAUGAGCCGGCCAAGGUCUUGCCUAGCAAGCCGUUGGGGCCAUCUCCCGCUUUACUAGACAGUCGCUCAAUACAUGAGGCCGCAUAUCCCGCGAGUCCUGUUCGGGAAUACUACGAGUUGGAUGGGGGACCCGUGCACGGCACACAUCAGCGUCCACUUAAUUCCGAGUGA